GUGUGUGUUUGCUUAAGUGCUUUGACUUUUGGGUCUUUCAAAAAGUGCGCCCUUGCACCACUCAGGACACGUCUUAAAUGUUCGGCAUCCAGGAGCAUUUGAUGCGAGAAGUGAGCGGAUUAAAAGAGCGAAGUCUUGGAGAGGAGAUGGAUCCGGUCCGCUCUUGGGUGCGAAAUGUCGGCGUGGUGGACGCCAACGUCGCCGCGCAAAGUGGCGUGGCCCUGUCCAGAGCUCACUUCGAGAAGCAGCCUCCUUCCAACCUGCGCAAGUCCAACUUCUUCCACUUCGUGCUGGCGCUCUACGACAGACACGGGCAGCCCGUGGAAGUGGAGAGGACGGCCUUUGUGGACUUUGUGGAGCACGACAAGGAGCAGACGGGAGAAAAGACCAACAACGGCACUCACUACAAGCUCCAGCUCCUCUACAGCAACGGGGUCCGAACGGAGCAAGAUCUUUAUGCACGACUUAUCGACUCAGUCACAAAACAGCCGAUAUCGUACGAGGGCCAAAACAAGAAUCCAGAAAUGUGCAGAGUUCUGCUUACGCAUGAGGUCAUGUGCAGCCGCUGUUGUGAGAAGAAGAGUUGCGGCAACCGAAAUGAGACGCCCUCUGACCCAGUCAUCAUUGACAGGUUUUUCUUGAAGUUUUUCUUGAAAUGCAACCAGAACUGUCUGAAGACGGCAGGAAACCCCAGGGACAUGAGGAGAUUUCAGGUGGUCCUGUCCAGCACUGUGAGCGUGGACGGCCACGUCCUCGCCGUGUCUGACAACAUGUUCGUCCACAACAACUCCAAACACGGUCGGCGGGCUCGCAGGCUGGAGCCAGGCGACUCCGCGGACAAUACCAUGGAGUAUGCCACCCCUUGCAUCAAAGCCAUCAGUCCCAGCGAGGGCUGGACGACAGGCGGGGCCAUGGUCAUCGUCAUCGGGGAGAACUUUUUCGACGGACUGCAGGUGGUGUUCGGAAGCAUGUUAGUUUGGAGUGAGCUAAUUACGCCGCACGCUAUCCGUGUCCAGACUCCACCUCGCCACAUUCCAGGGGUGGUGGAGGUCACAUUGUCUUAUAAAUCGAAACAAUUCUGCAAGGGAUCCCCCGGACGAUUCAUCUACACGGCCCUGAAUGAGCCGACGAUAGACUACGGUUUCCAGCGGCUUCAGAAAGUCAUUCCACGGCAUCCCGGUGACCCAGAAAAAAUGGCUAAGGAGAUUUUGCUGAAGAGAGCAGCAGAUCUCGUGGAGGCUCUGUAUGGGAAUCCACACAGUAAUCAGGACAUGUUGCUCAAACGAGCAGCCGACAUCGCGGAAGCCCUCUACAGUGUUCCGCGUCCUCAUAGUCAGCUGCAAGCACUGCCCAGCUCACCAGCCCACGGCAGCGUCAUGGGUUUGGGUUCCUACCCUUCCCAAUUAGGUGUCAGCAUCGGGGAGCCAGGACAGAGCAGCCAAGGUUAUAUUCGCAACUCAAGCAGCUUAUCGCCAAGAGGUUACCCCUCGGCUUCCACGCCUCAGCAGUCAAGCUACGGCGGCGGCGGCGGUAUGACCGGAGGCUACGGAACCGUUCCUAUGACCACUCUCGGGGUUCCCGGCUCACCUGGCUUCAGCAGCGCUUCCCCAACAGGAUCGUCCUACAUUAUGCCCUCCAGCCCGACCAUACCGGGAAGCUCCAGCUCAUCGUCGUCUCUGUUGCCUUUCUCCUCGUUCCCGUCCGCCGCUAAACAGAAGAGUGCUUUCGCUCCCGUGCUCAGGCCCCAGGGCUCCCCUUCCCCUGCCUGCCCGGCCUCAGGGGGGAACAGCUUCAGAGCGAUGACCGGCCUGGUUGUCCACCCGAUGUAGCAAAUCUACCCCAGACCACUGCUUCACUUAGCCCCUCUUUUGGCACUAAGAGGGCAGGGAGAAUGGAAAAUUGAUCAAUAGCAACCACGAAUAACUUGGCUACCUGAGCCCAUCCAGCCAUUUCUUAGUCCUCUUUUACCCAGGCAGAUGAACGGGCAAACUUUAGAAACUAUCCAAAGACAAAACAUCUAUUCCACAGGUAGAGGCGAUUACCACAGGCAGGCAAUGUUUCUUUGCUAACCACA